ACUUCGACCAUUUUAAGGGUUUGAGUGCUCUCUUCCCUCUGCAUUCUUACUACACAAGGGGGGAAGAGUUCACAAAAAAAAAACAAACCACUCCCGCUGUCCGAAAUGGAGCAUGCUGUGAGCAUCGACAGGAGUGCAAUAUGCACAACGCAAAACGAAAGGCUUGAAGCUCUGAAGAGGAGAUUCGUCCCGACUCCAGAUAGCCAACAGGAGCAUGGAGAUGGCGAUCUAAACAAAAUUACGGAUCGUCGCCUACAUGAAGCCACAAAGAAACGGGACAUCGAGAAAUUCAUCGAUGAAUUAGAAAAGUUGUCUGAGUCAAGGAAACUAGCUUUGUCGCUAAUCUUUGACCAAGUCACCCCCUCCAGGAAUUCAGUGCUUCAUGCAGCAGCAAGGCUUGAAGAUUUGAAGGCAAGAUACGUCCCGACUCCAGAUAACCAACACCAGCUCGGAGAUGGUGAUCUAAACAAAAUUAUGGAUCGUGACCUAUAUGAAGCCACGAAAGAAGGGGAUGUCGAGAAAUUCAUCAAUGCAUUAGAAAAAGUGUCUGAGUUGAGGAAACUAGCUUUGUCGCUAAUCAUCGACCAAGUCACCCCCUCUGGAAAUUCGUUGCUUCAUGUAGCAGCAAGCUUUGGAAAAAUUGAUGUCAUGGAGCUCAUUCUCAUUCAUUUUCCUAACACGGUGACCCAGAAAAACUCCUCAGAGGAUACUGCACUCCAUGUUGCCAUUCAAGAUGGGAGGUUCAAUGCAAUAGAAAAGCUAAUUCGUUUGGGAACAGACUCGGAAAUCAUAUACCGGAAGAACAAGGAUAGUAUAUCUCCAUUGUAUCUGGCAAUCGAGAAGUGCGAGUCUUCUGGAGAGAAACUGUGCGAGGGGGAGCGUUGGAAGAUUCUUCAGCUUCUCUUGCAAGAAUCCGCUCGAGAUGAAGCUUAUGCUGUCAAGAUACAGGGCAUGUCACCAGUUUUGGCCGCGCUCAAGAAGAGUAAUAAAGAUAUAUUGAAAGAAAUUAUAGAUCAGCUUCCGAAGUUACUUCACGUGCGCGAUGAAAACGGGUGGACACCACUGCACGCAGCAGCAUGGGAUGGAAAUGUUGAAGCAAUGGAGAUCCUGCUGAGUAAAUGCCCUUAUCUCGCCCUUCAAACGGACAAAAACGGCUCCUACCCAAUUCACAUUGCUUGCGAACGCAAGAUCGAGGCAUUGGUAGUGAUGAAGGUAACUCUAGUGAAACUACAUCCGCUGUCUGGAACAAUCGGCCUUUUAAUAAAAGAGACGUGGCCCGACCUGGCAGAGAUCAAAAACAAAAAGGGUCAGAAUAUUCUUCACGUUGCAGCCAAGGCCGGGAGUGACGAUGCAGUCCAAUGCAUACUCGAGUUAAGCAGUGAGCCCGUCAUCAUCGAGAAGCUGGUGAAUUCCAAAGAUGUCGAUGGGAACACACCCCUCCAUUUGGCAUCGAUGCACAACCAUUGCGAAGUUAUGCGCUCUUUGACCAAGGUCAAAGGGAUUUGCUCGGAGCAUUGCAACAAUGAUGGGUUGACCGCCCUGGAUGUGGCCAUGAAAUCUAGAAGCUUGUCAACGGAAAAUCCAGUGUUACUAGGACGUGCUAUUUUGAUUGUUGCUGGUAUUUUGCAAAGCGAGGAUCGAGACAUUCUGUCGCUAAGAGAACAAGGUUGUGGAGAGAGCAAAUCAUCUCCAGCGGAAUGGAUCAAGGACCGGGUUAAUACUUUAUUGCUAGUGGCCACGCUUGUGGCCUCUGUCACGUUCACUGCGGGCGUCACCUUGCCCGGUGGAUAUAACGCAUCUAGUGAUCCCCACCCAGGAACGGCGACCAUGUUGCAUAAGGGAAUGUUUCAACUUUUUGUAAUUUCCAACAUGUUAGCCAUGUGCAGCUCCAUUCUUGCAGUCGUAGUCCUCCUCUGGGGUCUCAGUAGAGAUUUCUACGUUGCAGAACUAGCUUACCACUCAGCAGGGCCAUUGUUGUUGAUGGCUCUCAUCGGCAUGUCAGUGGCUUUUUUGGCAGCGGUAACUGUUGCAGUGAGCAAACUUACUUGGCUCAGGAACCUUGUUCUGUCCGUUGGAGUCCUUUACCUCGCGAAGGUCGUGGUGGUUUUAUCAGCCUUGAUAUUCCCAUCCUCCAAGUCUGCUAUGCGUAUUGUGGUCCUUUACUAUAUGGCAGUAUCUAAAGUCAGGAGAUUUGUCAAAUCUUGUGUUUGGUCUUUUGGCUUUAUUAUGUUUAUAGGAUCUGUAUUGUCAUACUUUCUCUGUUACCUACUGAUGGGAAAAGAUUUCCUCGCUAGUUUCUGA